AUGCCACAGCCAUACGUCUUCCGGGGGAACGAUGGCGAAGGAGGCCGCCGUGAGGGACGCGGUGGCCGUGAUCGAGACCACCGGCGCGACGGCCGUCGUCGCGGUGGACGACCUCACCACGAAUUCACAUUCCGUGCGACACCCUCAUCGCGGCCGCUGCUUAUGGUAAAAAGAGAGGCGACGCCGGAUUUCAUGGGCGGACCGGACAGCGAGGUGCCUGCGAAGAAGUUCAUGGCCCCCGAAGACCUGACGGACAGCGACGAAGCGGAGAUGGACGUGUCUUCGGCAGACGAACAGGACAACGACGGCAGCGCGCAGCCACCACGGAAGAAACGAGCCAUUGAACGCGACCCCGAAGUUGCUGCGCCGCCUGCACCGAAGUGGUCCAACCCGGAUCCUUACACUGUGCUGCCGCCAGAAGAAGAGAGACAAGGGAAAAGGCGAGACUUUGUCAAGCUGAUCCGCAAAGCCAGAAUCACCCCUGCUGUCACAUCGACGCAACAGGUUAACAGCAACCCUGCAGUGACGAAUGAUGACUUUAUCUCUCUAGGUGUGGAAGAGCCGGAUAAUAUGCCCCCUGAAGGCGCCCCCAGUGGUCCCAGAGCUACCGAGCUGGAGCGAAGUGAUUCUGCGCUUAGGAACCGAAAGAGGAACCGAGAUGAUGAGAUCACAGGACCCGCUGUUAAACGUGGGAAGAAGGGGCCUAAAUUCUUUAACUUGGAUGCGUCAACCCUGGAUAUUUGGAAACCACUGACUGGUCAGGAUCCAACCCCUUGGUUCGACCGGGCAGGCUCAGCUUUCCAUAUAGGGACUAUGCUUCACAAGGAGAUACUGGACUUCUACCACUGGGUAAAACCUACAGAGUACGAAGACAUUGUCAGACGAGAUCUUAUAUCCAGACUUCAGGCAUGCUUUGGCCAAAGGUUCUAUGGUGCAAAACUAUACGCCUUUGGAUCAUUUGCAUCAGGCCUGUAUCUCCCUACAGCAGAUAUGGAUCUUGUGCUGCUCUCUCGCCAGUUCAUGUCCUCAAACAGGAAAUAUAUCUGCCAGAAAGUUCGGGACAUAUACAGCUUUGCUGAAUAUAUCCGCGGACUUGGAAUUGCAGCUCCGGGAUCAAUUGAGACUAUUGCUCAUGCGCGUGUUCCCAUCAUCAAGUUUGUGGAUUCUCUCACUGGCCUGAAAGUGGACCUCUCUUUCGAUAACAGCAGUGGCCUCGCAGCCAUUGAUACGUUCAAAGCUUGGAAGCAAGAAUAUCCAACUAUGCCUGUCAUAGCUUCUAUCAUCAAACAUUUUCUUUUGAUUCGAGGACUCAACGACGUGGCCACUGGCGGGCUGGGUGGUUUCUCAAUCAUAUGUUUGGUCACAAGCAUACUACAGCAUUCACCCCGUGGUGUUGGAGAACCAAACCUGGGCUCAAUUCUCAUUGACUUUUUUCAACUGUACGGCUCCAGGUUUGAUGCAGGCGCCGUCGGCAUACAGUUUGAUCCCCCAGGUUAUUUCUACAAGACCGUACGUGGCAUAUACAACGCAAACAAGGGAACUAGGCUGUCAAUAAUAGACCCCAAUAACCCGGAUAAUGAUAUCUCGGGUGGAACCAAGGAGAUUCCACUUAUCUUCCGAUCAUUCUCUGAUGCAUACCAAUCGCUCAGGGAGGGCAUGUAUACCGCCUCAUGUCGGCCAUGUCUCUCCCGAAGCAGCCUGCUUGAGGAAAUAAUAGGUGGGAACUAUGAUGCAUAUGAGGAGCAGAGAAAGCAUCUGCGUGAUUUCUUCCUUAGUGACCGCAGGUUUGCUGGAUAUCAUGGCACUGUCGGGUUGGGCAGUCCACCGCCACCUCCUCCUCCACUGUCCUCCCCUUCUCCUCCGCCUCCACCACCACAUGCUUGA